AAGACACUCGCAGCAUCUCUCUACUUCUCUCUCUCUCUGUUUCAACCCCUCUUGUCGUCUAUCUCCAUCAAAAAGACCAAAAUCAAACAUCAUUGAAUGUUAGACAGAGAGGCAAAAACUAAUCAAAGUGUUUCUAAUCCCUGAAAAUAAGCCCACUUCUUCUAUUUUCCUCAUUUCAGUUUCUGGGUUUUAAUCGAUCUCCCCCUUUCUCACCCUUCCGUCUGAAUUCCGGUCUGCAAUCGUCGGAAAGUUUUGGACUUUACACCAACGCCAAAGCGAGUUCUUGUUUCUCUGUUUGCUUCUCUAGGACCAAUCAGUUUCCAUUUACAGAUGCGUACUAUUCACCUGUCAGAGCUCUGAGAUUUGUCUUUUUGCAUCUCUCUGAAUAUUUCUCUUUUCUCAGAUCCAUUGACCUCAUCCACAUACAUAAAGUUUAGGUAUUUUUAAAAGGGUUCAAUUCUGGGGUUUACCGGAAUUUCAUCAUCUUUGAAGACCAUGAGAGGCGUCUUCAUCGUCAUCGUAACGUGUCUGGUUUUCUUACCGGAUCCUCUACGUGCCGGUGUAGCGUCCAUCGGGAGCAUCACUCCAGGUUUUGGAGGAUCUCAGAUGAAUUACAUCAACAACGAUGGUAUCUUCCUCGAAUCCAACAACUCAGCCUUCGGUUUCGGUUUCGUAACUACACAAGAUUCCGUUACUCUGUUCACACUCAGUAUCAUCCACAAGAGCAGCACGAAACUGAUCUGGUCCGCGAACAGAGCUUCCCCUGUUUCCAAUUCCGACAAGUUUGUGUUCGAUGACAACGGAAAUGUGGUGAUGGAAGGAACUGAGGUUUGGAGAUUGGAUAAUUCAGGCAAAAACGCUUCAAGAAUCGAGCUGCGUGACUCCGGGAAUCUCGUUGUUGUUUCCGUUGACGGAACUUCGAUCUGGGAGAGUUUUGAUCAUCCGACAGAUACUCUGAUCACGAAUCAAGCUUUCAAAGAAGGCAUGAAGCUCACUAGCAGUCCUUCUUCGAGCAACAUGACUUAUGCCCUUGAGAUCAAAUCAGGAGAUAUGGUUUUAUCUGUUAACAGCUUAACCCCUCAAGUGUAUUGGUCAAUGGCAAAUGCCAGAGAGAGGAUCAUCAACAAAGAUGGCGGCGUAGUGACUUCAUCGUCUCUCCUUGGGAAUUCAUGGCGGUUCUUUGAUCAGAAACAGGUUUUGUUGUGGCAGUUUGUAUUCUCAGACAAUAAAGAUGAUAACACAACUUGGAUCGCUGUUUUGGGAAACAACGGUGUGAUCUCUUUUUCUAAUCUUGGAAGCGGAGCAUCUGCUGCCGAUUCUUCGACUAAAAUACCUAGCGAUCUGUGCGGAACACCUGAGCCUUGCGGGCCUUACUAUGUCUGCUCGGGUUCUAAAGUGUGUGGAUGUGUGUCCGGGUUGUCUCGGGCUCGGUCUGAUUGCAAAACCGGGAUUACUUCUCCCUGUAAGAAAACCAAGGAUAAUGCAACAUUGCCUUUGCAGCUAGUAAGUGCUGGAGACGGUGUAGACUAUUUCGCUCUUGGGUAUGCUCCUCCGUUCUCCAAGAAAACUGAUCUUGAUAGCUGUAAAGAGUUCUGCCACAACAAUUGCUCGUGCCUUGGUCUUUUCUUCCAGAACAGUUCUGGUAAUUGCUUCUUGUUUGAUUAUAUUGGAAGCUUUAAAACCUCUGGCAAUGGAGGCUCUGGGUUUGUGUCUUACAUCAAGAUCGCAAGUACUGGUUCUGGAGGUGGAGAUAACGGAGAAGAUGAUGGGAAACAUUUUCCUUAUGUAGUGAUUAUUGUCGUGGUAACAGUUUUUAUCAUCGCUGUUUUGAUCUUUGUGGCCUUCCGGAUUCAUAAGAGAAAGAAAAUGAUUUUGGAGGCUCCUCAAGAGAGUUCAGAAGAAGAUAACUUCUUGGAGAACUUAUCCGGGAUGCCUAUUCGGUUCGCUUACAAAGAUCUUCAGUCAGCGACGAAUAACUUCUCGGUGAAGUUAGGUCAAGGAGGGUUUGGAUCGGUCUAUGAAGGUACUUUACCAGAUGGUUCUCGUCUAGCUGUGAAGAAACUUGAAGGAAUCGGUCAAGGGAAGAAAGAAUUCAGAGCCGAGGUUAGUAUAAUCGGAAGUAUUCAUCAUCUGCACUUGGUGCGGCUAAGAGGAUUCUGCGCAGAAGGGGCUCAUAGGCUGCUCGCAUACGAGUUCUUAUCCAAAGGUUCGUUGGAGAGAUGGAUAUUUAGGAAAAAGGAUGGCGAUGUUCUUCUAGAUUGGGACACAAGAUUUAACAUAGCACUCGGAACAGCCAAAGGUUUAGCGUAUCUACAUGAAGAUUGUGAUGCAAGGAUUGUUCACUGCGAUAUAAAACCCGAGAACAUCCUAUUAGACGAUAACUUCAAUGCCAAGGUAUCCGAUUUCGGACUGGCGAAGCUCAUGACCCGCGAACAAAGCCAUGUCUUCACAACAAUGCGCGGGACAAGAGGCUACUUGGCUCCAGAAUGGAUCACAAACUAUGCGAUAUCAGAGAAGAGUGAUGUUUACAGCUACGGAAUGGUGUUGCUAGAGUUAAUAGGAGGAAGAAAGAACUAUGAUCCAUCAGAAACUUCGGAGAAAUGCCAUUUUCCUUCUUUUGCUUUCAAGAAGAUGGAAGAAGGGAAGCUUAUGGAUAUUGUCGAUGGGAAGAUGAAGAAUGUUGAUGUGACUGACGAAAGGGUUCAAAGGGCUAUGAAAACCGCACUUUGGUGUAUACAAGAAGAUAUGCAAACGAGACCCUCGAUGAGCAAAGUUGUUCAAAUGCUUGAAGGUGUUUUUCCGGUGGUCCAGCCACCUAGUUCUUCCACUAUGGGAUCGAGACUUUACUCAAGCUUCUUUAAGUCCAUCAGCGAGGACGGCGGUGCUACUACGUCAUCUGGACCGUCCGAUUGUAACAGUGAGAAUUAUCUCUCCGCCGUGAGACUCUCCGGUCCGAGAUAGCAAUCUUUUUAGCCAAUUUUUAGUAUCUUAUAUAAUAGGUUUUUGGCUCACCAUGUUUUGUUGUAUAUUGUUUUUGUGUUACAUCUUAAAAGAAUAGCCAUCACUCAGUUUUGUAACGUUCCGAGAUCAAUUAUUUCAUAGAUUACCCGUCGUUUUUCUUAA